AUGGAAACCGUGUCGCAUCAACAAAUUACAAUGUUUAAUAUCUAUCGCAGAGAACAGUUUUCUCUAUACAGUUUUUAAAAUAAAGAUUUAAAACUAAAACGAAUAAUUAUAGUAAUUAUAUUAUUAUGGGACUUUUAAGUAUCUUGAAAAAAUUACGUUCUAAUACAGAGCGAGAACUGCGGCUCCUAUUAUUAGGCUUAGAUAAUGCCGGAAAAACAACGACUUUAAAACAGUUGGCGUCAGAAGAUGUGACUCAAGUGACUCCCACUGCAGGAUUCAACAUAAAAUCUGUUUUAUCUAGUGGUUUUAAGCUAAAUGUAUGGGAUAUUGGUGGCCAAAAGAAAAUCAGGCCAUAUUGGAGAAAUUACUUUGAAAAUACAGAUGUUUUGAUCUAUGUAGUGGACUGUUCUGAUCAUCAAAGGCUUCAAGAAACAAGCUUUGAGUUAGCAGAGUUACUGCAAGAUGAAAAGCUUCGAGGAGUGCCUCUUCUUGUAUAUGCUAAUAAACAGGAUUUAGCUACAGCUCUUCCAGCAAGUGAAGUAGCACAGCACCUGGGUUUACAUCUCAUUAGGGAUCGUACCUGGCAGAUUCAGGCCUGUGUGGCCACAGAUGGCACUGGAGUAAAGGAGGGUAUGGAGUGGGUAUGUAAAAAUAUACCUGUAAAAAAAUAAUUGGAGGAGAACAUCUCAACACAGCUUCCUAUUAAUAUUAAUUAUUAUAUUCAUUUCAAUAAUUUAUCUUAAUCACCAUUAUUUACAACCAAGUCAAUAUUUAAGAUUUUAACUUACAAAGUCAGGUUAGAUAGCUUUUUUAUGGAGUGGAGCAAAUGGGCAGAAGGUUCA